AUGAAGCGCUUCGUGUCAUCCACUCUUGUAGCCUUGGCUGGGGCAACUGUGAUGAUGGGCGCUCAGGGUACUAGCGUCGUUACUACAUCUCUCACAGCCGCCGCAACCACGAUUUCCCCAAAGUCCAGCACCCUGUUUCCUGCAGAGACGGUCCAAUUGACGAAUGAGGUCCUUGCUGAUUUGUCUUCAAACAUUCGAAAUGCGAAUGUAUCUGAUAUAUUCAAGUUUGCCGAUCAUUACACCGACUCAACUCUUUCUAAGAAGAUUCCACGAAGCUGCAAGUUGAUGCCAGGGGACGUGUCCUGGCCUAGCAAUAUGCUCUGGGAUAUUUUUGAUACUCUGCUGGGUAAACGAUUGAUCAAGACGGUACCGCUGGCUGCAUGCUGCUACCCUGACUGGCCGGAGUACGAUGCAGAUAAGUGCACCAGUAUUACCUCCCAAUGGGCCGUUUCUAAUCUCCAUAUGGACGACCCAGCUUCCAUUAUGCUGCCACUGUAUGAGGGUAGAACCUGCAUGGCUCCUGGAUACAACUACACCAACACUUGUGAGUUGGGCGGGUACCCAGCGUACGUGGUCAACGCUUCCACUGUGGCUCAGAUCCAAUUAGCCAUCAACUUUGCACGUAAUUUAAACCUUCGUCUGGUAGUGAAGAAUACAGGACACGACUUCAACGGCAAGUCGUCCGGUAAAGGCGCUCUGUCCAUUUGGACCCAUUGGUUCAAAGAUAAGACGUUCUAUCCUCAGUACAAGGCCACCAAUGGCUAUAUCGGACCGGCCAUCAAAUUCGGUUCUGGAGUUCAAGUCUGGGAAGCCUAUGAAUAUGCGAAGAGCCUCGGAGUUAGUGUCCUUGGCGGGGAAGCUGUUACUGUCGGUCUUGGAGGUGGCUACACUGCAGGUGGUGGUCACUCACCGUUGAGCAGCCUGUACGGCAUGGCUGCUGAUCAGGUCCUUGCUAUGGAAGUUGUCCUGGCUGACGGGCGCUUCAUCACUGCAUCGUCCACUGAAAACUCCGAUAUUUUCUGGAUGCUUCGUGGUGGCGGUGGUAGCACCAUUGGAGUGGUUACUUCUUUAAUUGUUAAAGCCCUCCCAAGAUUGCCGACCACCACAGUUACGUUCAACUUCACCAUUAACGACGCCCCCGAUGUCGAUGCGUUUUGGAAGGGAGUUGAGGCCUACUUUGACAAUUUUGAGGAUUUUGUCAACGCGGGUACCUACGGUUACUACUAUGUUGGAGCAUCGGCCAUUGAGAUUGGUACUGACUAUGCUGGGUCGACCGACUACUAUUUCCGCAUGCAAUCAUUCGUUGCACCCAAUAUGACCAUUGCUGAGACAAAAGCUCUGCUUGCUCCAUGGUACAAGGUUCUCGAUAGCCAGAACAUCACCUACACACCGUGGUACAACCAUGCCGACAAUUUCCAUGACGCUUGGGUUGUCGCAUUCCCUCAAGAAUUUGCCGGAGGUGCCGCAGUCAAAACCGCCUCGCGUCUGAUGCCCCGAAGCGUCUUCCAGGACGACACCCUCCGUCAGCGUACUUAUGCCGCGCACAAAGACGCUACUGAAAAGGGCCUCUUCAUCGCCGGAUUCCACAUUUCAGGAACUGGCAUCGCCAUCACCCCACCCAACGACACUUCCGUCCUCCCUGCUUGGCGUGACGCUCUCGCCCAUGUUAUCGUCGGCAUUGAAUGGCCCAAUAACGCCACAUGGGAGACCAUUCAUAACGCCUCCCUCGCCGUCACAAGCUGGAUGGAUGUCUUGCGUGACAUCGCCCCGGAAUCCGGUGCUUACAUGAGCGAGGCUGACCUUCUCGAACCCAACCUACAGGAGGCAUUUUAUGGGGUUAAUUAUCCUGCCCUCUACGCAUUGAAGCAGAAGUACGACCCCACUGGUCUGUUCUUUGCGUUGACUGCUGUUGGUGCAGAGGAUUGGGAGGUUAGGACCACAGACCCUUUGCCGUACUCUUGGAAUAAUAAUGGACGGCUUUGUCCUGUUUCCUCUUAG